UAUCAGAUAUUUUAUAGGUCAGUUUUGCAGAGAAAUUAAGGAGAAAUGGCUGAAGCAAACAUAGCUGGCAGAAGCAAAAGGUGGUCUUUACAGGGGAUGACUGCUCUGGUCACUGGUGGAUCGGCAGGAAUUGGAUAUGCUAUCGUGGAGGAGUUGGCACAGCUAGGGGCCACUGUACACACUUGCUCUAGGAACGAAGCUCAACUCAAUGAAUCCUUACAUCAAUGGGAGACAAAAGGAUACAGAGUUACCGGUUCAAUCCAUGACGUGGCGUCUCGUGCACAAAGAGAGGAGCUCAUAACUAGAGUCUCUUCUGAGUUUAAUGGCAAACUCAAUAUCCUUGUAAACAACGUGGGAACAAACAUACAGAAACAGGCCCUGGAUUUUGCAGAGGAAGAUUUUUCAUUUCUGAUUAGUACGAAUCUUGAGUCUGCUUUCCACAUAAGCCAGCUUGCACAUCCUCUCCUAAAAGCUUCAGAGGCUGCAAGUAUCGUUUUCAUAUCCUCCAUUGCUGGUGUGGUAUCAAUAAAACUAGGAUCCAUAUAUAGUGCAACAAAAGGAGCAAUCAACCAAUUGACAAAAAAUUUGGCAUGCGAGUGGGCAAAAGACAAUAUAAGGACUAAUUGCGUUGCACCAGGGCCAAUCAGAACCCCUCUUGGUGAAAAGCACUUCAAAGAUGAAAAAGUUCUUAAUAGUUUUAUUUCACGAACACCUCUUGGACGGAUUGGAGAACCAGAUGAAGUGUCUUCAUUGGUGGCAUUCCUCUGCUUACCUGCAGCCUCUCUCAUAACAGGACAGACCAUAUGUGUUGAUGGUGGGAUAACGGUCAAUGGUCUCUAUAUAUAA